AAGAGGUGCCCCGUUGUCCAAACCAGACUCUUCCUAUGGUUUAUAAAGCUUUACGGAAAACGUACAUAACUCUUUUUUGUACAGUGACAACAAAAGAUUAGGAAGAAGACAAGUUCUGCCUAUGCAUGGCAUUUUACCAACCAAACCAAAACAAAACCAUUGUUCACUAAUAGAGACGCUUCGUUACCAAAACCCAUUUCAGAGUAUAGUGUUUUUCUUUAUCGGGUUCGGAAAAUUCGAAUGAUCGAUCAUACGAUACGUGUUUAGCUCAAAGACUAUUUUUUUGCUUUCUACUGUUUUAUAUUUGGUUUUUGGGAAGUAAGGAAGAGAUGGUGGUGUCAAAGAUAUGGAGGAGAGGAGUUCAUUACUUGCAGAAACGGAACGCCACAAGUGUUCCUUCUGAUUUGUUGGAAAAGGGUCAGAAUCGCGUUAUCGAUGCUUCUCUAACUCUCAUUCGCGAGAGGGCAAAGCUCAAGGGAGAAUUAGUGCGUGCUUUAGGUGGUUCUGUAGCAUCGGCCUCUCUUCUUGGAGUUCCAAUUGGACAUAACUCGUCCUUUUUACAAGGGCCUGCUUUUGCUCCUCCUCGCAUUAGAGAGGCCAUCUGGUGUGGUAGCACAAACUCAGCUACUGAAGAAGGGAAAGAAUUGAAAGACCCGAGGGUACUAACUGAUGUGGGUGAUGUUCCUGUCCAAGAAAUUCGUGAUUGCGGUGUGAGCGACGACAGGUUGAUGAGUGUCGUUAGUGAGUCUGUCAAGCUUGUAAUGGAAGAGGCUCCAUUGCGUCCAUUAGUGUUAGGUGGUGACCACUCAAUUUCAUUUCCUGUUGUAAGAGCUGUCUCUGAGAAGCUUGGGGGACCUGUGGAUAUUCUUCAUUUUGACGCACAUCCAGAUAUCUAUCAUGCUUUCGAAGGGAACAAAUAUUCACAUGCAUCAUCUUUUGCCCGAAUCAUGGAGGGUGGUUAUGCCCGGCGUCUUUUGCAGGUGGGAAUUAGAUCAAUAACGUCCGAAGGGCGUGAACAAGGCAAAAAAUUUGGUGUUGAGCAAUAUGAAAUGCGAACCUUCUCAAGAGAUCGUCACUUUCUCGAAAAUCUGAAACUUGGGGAAGGUGUGAAGGGUGUGUACAUAUCAAUAGAUGUAGAUUCUCUUGAUCCUGCUUUUGCUCCUGGAGUGUCUCACAUUGAGCCUGGUGGCCUUUCUUUUCGUGACAUUCUCAAUAUUCUCCACAACCUCAAAGGCGAUGUUGUUGGAGCAGAUGUGGUGGAAUUCAAUCCACAACGAGACACUGUUGAUGGGAUGACUGCAAUGGUUGCUGCUAAGCUUGUGAGAGAAUUGACUGCAAAGAUAUCAAAAUAAGAAAUGCCCCACAGAUUAUUGACAUGAAUGCGGUCUAUAAAACUGAAACAUAAGUUAUUUCUCAAUAUUUAGGCUAUGGCUAUGGAGGUGGUACUGUUGAUCUUUAAAGGUUUUGCCAUUUCAUUGUCGUGUCCAUCUUAUACAUGAAUAAACGAGACUUGUGCUUUUAGCUCAGUGUAAAGAAAUAACCAUUGAUAGAAUCCUAACAGUCAUUAUUAGGAG